GUAACCGAAGAUAACUGAAGCCAAAAGCUUGGACGAUCUAGCGCGCUGCAGCCAAAGGACAAAUAGCGUCGAGGGAAGGUGGAGUUCCGUGUAUCCGUUCAAGUCAGCAUAUCCAAGAAAUAAGAUUCUUAAAUGGACGUACUUCACGCCAUUUCAAUUAAAAAUUUACAUUUUUUCCAACAAUCGAAACCCUUUUUUAUAUCGCUCCCUUUCCCGUACUUAAUCUCAGUUCAUGAAUCCUUAAAGAAAAAAAAUAUGAUGGAAAAAUUGCUGUCACCUGUUUUCCCUAUUCUUCUAACCAUUUGCAUUUUCCCUCAAAUCCUUCCAUCUUAUGCUUUACCCCAUGAUUACAUCCGCCCCCCAGCAAAAGGUCUGGUGUUAUCUCAGCACAAACGAUCUGAAUCCGACCCUCAACAGGUGCAUAUAUCCUUAGCUGGUAAAGAUUACAUUAGAGUAUCUUGGAUUACGGAGGAUAAGAAGGUACCAUCGAUUGUAGAAUAUGGAGAAGUGCCUGGUGAAUAUAAUGGAAUGGCAACUGGAGAGAAUACCACAUAUGAUUACUUCUUUUAUAGCUCCAACAAAAUACAUCACGUCAAGAUUGGGCCACUGAAACCAGACACGGUUUAUUAUUACAGAUGUGGAGGUUUUGGCCCCGAAUUUUCAUUCAAGACACCCCCUCCAACUUUUCCGAUUGAAUUCGUAGUGGUGGGAGACCUUGGACAAACAGAAUGGACAAAUUCAACUUUAGCACAUGUUGGAAGCAAAGACUACGACGUCUUUUUGCUACCAGGCGAUCUAUCAUAUGCAGAUGCCCAGCAGCCACUGUGGGACUCAUUCGGCCGCCUGGUUGAGCCAUAUGCCAGCGCCCGGCCAUGGAUGGUGACAGAGGGCAACCAUGAGGUUGAAACUUUCCCGAUCAUCGAGCCAGAGGGCUUCAAAGCAUACAACGCUCGCUGGCGAAUGCCGUAUGAAGAGAGUAGAUCUUCAUCAAAUUUGUACUACUCAUUUGAUGUUGCAGGGACUCAUAUUAUAAUGCUGGGAAGUUACGCAGAUUUUGAUAGCGAUUCAGCUCAGUAUAAGUGGCUUGAAGCUGAUUUAUCAAAGAUUAACAGAAGGAAGACGCCCUGGGUUGUUGCUCUUUUGCAUGCGCCUUGGUAUAAUACUAAUACUGCUCAUCAGGGGGAGGGGGAAUCCAUGAGAAAGUCAAUGGAGGAGUUGCUGUAUAAGGCACGAGUCGACGUCGUUUUUGCUGGCCAUGUUCAUGCGUAUGAACGAUUUACUAGGAUAUUCAAUAACAAAGUUGAUCCUUGUGGUCCUAUCUAUAUAACAAUUGGCGAUGGAGGGAAUAGAGAAGGACUCGCAAUGAAUUUUAAGAAGCCAACAUCCCCUCUAUCGUUGUUUCGGGAGCCAAGCUUUGGCCAUGGAAGGUUGAGGAUAUUAGACAAAAGUCGUGCCCAUUGGUCGUGGCAUCGUAACAAUGAAUCCGACUUUAUUACGACUGAUGAGAUUUGGUUGGAGAGUUUAAGCAUAUCAAAGGAAUGUUCUUCGAUUAGCCUUAAUGACGAACUCUAAACUUAGUUUUAGAUUGUUGUACCUUUUUUCUUAGUUUUUGUUUUAAGGUUUCAUCUCUGUUUGUUCUGUUAAUCUUUAAAUUACUUUUACUUCUAAAAUAUUGUACUACAUAAUUUACCCAAUAAACACAUCUAUAUCAACACAAAUUUACCCAAUAAAUCUAGUUGAAAAUUAAAAGCUUUUA